GUCGCUAAGAGAUGACGUCAGUUCAACACCACAAUUGAAGAACCGCCUUGGAGCUUCUUAAUACUUGAACAGUUUUCUAAAAACAAUAUAAUAGAGUCAAGCAACGUUACCGACAACAGCAAUGUCUGUGAAUUAUGCUGCUGGGCUCUCGCCGUACGCAGACAAAGGUGUUUGCGGACUUCCUGAGGUGUUUGAUAGUCCUGAGCAGCUCAAGGCGAAUGUGGAGACCCUCGCUCAGCUGAUCAGAGACUCUCAGUACCUGGUGGUCCACUCUGGAGCAGGAAUCAGCACCUCAACAGGCAUCCCUGACUUCAGGGGUCCAAAGGGGGUGUGGACAUUGGAGCAAAAUGGUGAGUCACCUCACUUUGACACCACCUUCGAAGAGGCCCGGCCUAGCUUGACUCACCUGGCCCUGCUGGGGCUUCAGAGGGCCGGCUACCUCAAGUAUCUCAUCAGCCAGAAUGUGGAUGGACUUCAUGCUCGAUCAGGCUUCCCGAGGGAUAAGCUAUCAGAGCUCCAUGGAAACAUGUUUGUGGAGGAGUGUGAGAAGUGUGGCAGGCAGUAUGUCAGAGAAAAAGUGAUAGGUGUGAUGGGACUGAAGCCAACGGGACGUUACUGUGAUGUGGUUCGAUCCAGAGGACUCAGAGCCUGCAGAGGAAAGCUGAUAAGCACUAUUCUGGACUGGGAGGAUGCUCUUCCGGACAGAGACCUGAACAAAGCAGAAGAUGCCAGCAGACGAGCGGACCUGGCUCUGACGCUCGGCACCUCCCUGCAGAUCAAACCCAGCGGAGACCUUCCACUCAUCACAAAACGCAAAGGAGGGAAACUGGUCAUUGUCAACCUGCAGCGCACAAAACAUCACAAGCAGGCGCACCUGCUCAUCCACAACUACGUAGACGAGGUCAUGAAACAGCUGAUGGAGCUGCUGGGCCUGGACAUCCCAAAGUGGGAGGGUCCGACAAUCUGCGAGAGCUCCGGAGACCCCUCUGAGUCCUCCGUCGACGUCAAACCACCACGUGCAGUCACAGCAAAGAGAAAGUUGAAAAAGUGCCUGAAAAAGGAGGAGAGGAACAGAGACACAACGGCAUUGGCAGACGAUGGGAGUGUUAAGGAGGAGGCGGUCUCGGUAAAGAGGGAGAGAGCGGACCCUCCGGAGGAGAUAAGUGAAGAGAAAUAGCCUCAGGUACCUUUCCUCACAACACAAACAGUCCAGAAAAAACUCUACAACCGAGGGUGCUCGGUUUGAUCCGCGUCAAAGGACAGAGGUUCUGUUCACUUAACACCCUCUCAAACAAAGACUUCUCUUGUACUGUAUUUUUUUUAAAUCCCAUUUUGUAUACAUCCCCCCCCCCCCCCUUACAUCUACGACGAACAGAAAUGUGAAACUGAGUCCUUAGCUGAAAGCUCAAAAGUUGACAUCCUCAUGGAGCAAGUUUAGCUAGGAGAUUGUGUUUAAGGUAAAAAGAUGGCUUUAUAUGAGGAGGUAUGGAAUAUAAUGUUGAAUAUCACAGUUAUGAUAUUACUUGCGAUAAAUGAACAGAUAUUUCAGUGUCCUGAGUUCCACAUUGCUUUCAGUUUACGGCUAAAAUACAACAAGAAAGAAAGGUUAAAGAAAAGAACACUGCUGUUUCUCGAACCCUUUUUUGUCUUAAAAGUUACAUUUUACAUUUUAAAGUGAAACAAUUACUCUCUUGCUCACUUUUGAAAUUCCUGAGUCCAAAGUGCAGUCUUUCCUGAUACAUUUAUUGCACAAGGGGACACCACAAUGACAAUAAAAAAACAUUACGUGGUGGUGCAGACCUCA